AUGCUUUGGUCAAAGUUGACCACGGCGGCCGGGUUGCCGGUCGUCCUAUCGGCGGCAACCGGACGGCCGUUCCUUGCCACCAACGGAGGACAACAAGUUUUGGGGCAGGUCGAGUCACAGGACUUUCAGUGCGAACUGCCCAAAGUCUUGGACCCUUCUGCAGAUGGUCUGCCGUCGGCGCAGGAACUGUUUGACAAUGAGAAGGCCCUCUUGAAGCAGGUCGAGCGCCAUGGCACUCUUGUCAAGGUGCCGUCUGUUUCAUAUGAUGACAAUGGUGAACCCGGUGAAGACCCCAGAUGGGACAUCUUCUACACUCUCCACGAUACAUUGAAAGAGCUGUAUCCUACUGUCCACGCGCGGAUGACCCGUGAAACUGUCAACACCUUUGGCUUGGUCUUCACCAUCAAAGGCACAGACUCAUCUCUGAAGCCCAUCAUGUUGACGGCCCACCAAGAUGUCGUGCCUGUGCAAGACGCAUCGAGCUGGAAGUACCCGCCCUUCUCGGCCCAUUUCGAUGGACGCUGGUUGUGGGGAAGAGGUUCAUCAGAUGACAAGAACAGUCUCUCUGCCAUCUUCUCGGCCCUCGAGACACUUCUGUCAAACUCAGAGUGGGUCCCUAAGCGAACUAUCCUUGUGGCUCUCGGAUUUGAUGAAGAGUCUGGAACCCGUGGUGCUGGUACCAUUGGACCUUUCCUCGAGGAACGGUAUGGAGAGCAAUCCAUGGCCAUCAUCUUGGAUGAGGGCGGCAUGGGCCUUGAGCUGUUGGAGGACAAGGUUCUCUACGCUCUGCCCGCCGUGACAGAGAAGGGACACAUUGAUGUUUGGCUGGAUCUCAAGGUGAAUGGAGGUCACUCGUCCAUUCCUCUGCCUCACACUGGUAUUGGUAUCAUGUCCGAGAUUGUCGUUGAGCUCGAGGCCAAUCCUUACCAGCCCAAGCUGAUCAAGGAUUCGCCAAUCUACAACCACUUGGUCUGCCAGGCCAGGUACUCUCCGAAUGCAGAACCCGAAGUCACCAAGCUGAUCAAGUCUGGCGACCUCGACACUCUUGCCCAAGAAUUGGCUACCGUCGACCGCUUCACUCAAUUCCGUAUUCAGACAUCUCAGUCAGUUGACUUGAUCAACGCCGGCCUCAAGAUCAACGCCAUGCCCGAGAAGGUCAAGCUCGGCGUCAACUACCGCGUGGCGCCGCACAACACGGCCGACGAGAUCAAGAAGAAGGUCCUGAGCCUCGCCAAGCCCAUUGCCGCAAAGUACGGCGUCGCCAUUGAGGCGUACAAGGGCGAGGCGGCCUUUGAAGAGUUCCACCCGGCCUAUGAUGUCGACUACAACGGAACCCUCACCAUCACGGCCAAGCAGGGUACUGACAAUGCGCCCAUCUCGCUCACCUCUGGUGCCGUGUGGGAUGUCUUUUCGGGUACCAUCCAGCACACUUUUGCCUUUCCCGACGGCACAGUCGUCCCGGUUGGUGAAUUGAUGACCGGAAACACUGACACAAGAUACUACCUGAAAUUGUCCGACAAUGUCUACCGCUGGGUACCGACGCGCAAGGAUGGAUCCCAGAAUAUCCACACUGUUGAUGAGGCCAUCGACAUGUACUCGCAUGUGGAGGCUCUGAAGUUCUAUUACGAUUUGAUCCGAAACUUUGACCAGUCUAAUGCUUAA